AUGGGGGCGUGGCGUCAUCACCCCGCCCACUUCGCCCCCAGCCGGAAGCGCGGCGCGCAGGUUCCGCUUCCGGCGGAAGGCGGAAGCGGGCAGAAGCGCCGAGGGCGGCGCGGCGGCGGCCACGGGCCCUGCGCGCUUCCGGGCCCCGGCGCCGGCCCCGGCCCCGCCGGGCGCUCCCGGAUGAGCGGCGGCCGCUGGCGGAGGCCCGCGGACAUGGCGGCGGCGGGGCCCGAGCUGGGGGCGGCCGGGGACGAGGCCGCGGCGGCGGCGGCGGCCGGGGGCGGGGGGCGGGGCCCCGCGGAGGUGGGGGCGGGGCCUGAGGUGGUGCAGAGGCUGCUGGCGGAGAACCGGGAGCUGAAGGCGGCGCUGCGGCGCAGCAGCGAGGGCGUGCGGCGGCGGCUGGAGGAGCUGGGGCGGCUGCAGGCCGCGCGUCGCGCCGAGCGGGAGCUGCUGCGGGGCCGCGCCGGGCAGGCCCGCGCCCUGGUCGAGAGCCUGCGCAGGGAGCGCGACGACAACGCCCGGCGCCUGCGCAGGGCCCUGGCGCAGCUGGCGGCCGUGCCCCCCGAGGGCCCCGAGGAGGGGUCCCCACAGCCCCCGCCGGAGGGAGCCCCCCCUCCGCCGUCCCCCCCCCCCAGCGAGGACGGGGACGUCCCCGCGGACCCCGUGCCCCCGGAGGACCCCCCCAGGGACUCCCCGGAGCAGCUGCGGCAGAGGCUGGCGGCUGUGGAGGCUGAGCUGGCCGCAGCACGCGCAGCGGCGGAGACGCGGGCGCAGGAGGCGGCGCGGGCGGCCGAGGCGCAGCUGCAGGCGCUGCGGCGGCAGCUGGAGCAGGACAAGGCGUCGGUGAAGGCGCAGGUGACGUCGCUGCUGGGGGAGCUGCAGGAGAGCCAGAGCCGCCUGGAGAGCAGCCGCAGGGAGCGCGGGCAGCUGGAGCAGCGGGCGCAGGCGGCGGGCGAGCGGUGCCGGGCGCUGGAGGAGGCGGCGGCGGCGCACAGCCUGCAGCUGGACCAGCUGCGCCUGCAGGUCGCCAACCUGGAGGCUGCGCUGCGCGUCGAGCGCCAGGGGGCCACCGAGGAGAAGUGGGUGACGGGGGGGGGC